GUCAUUGUACACCCAAACCGCUGAGCAAGAAUUUGACAAACGUCGUUAAAAAAUUAGCGAAACUCGCAAAUUCAAAGGACCAUUCAGAAAAUUCAGAAUUAACAAUUCACAAAAAAGGGAAGUUCUUCUUCUUCUUCAACAAGCUCUAUAACCGAAACAUUCAACCUGAAACUCAUACAUACAAGCAGGCGAUCGAAGAACAAAGCACGAAGAUCGAGGAGAGAGAAAAUUAGCCGCGAUGGGGGAUGAACUUGAUGGUGUCCGUACUCAUUUUUGAAGGACAUCCUUUCAUAUUCUCCUCCUUAAUUUUGAAAACUUUCCCCCAAUUUUUCCGCCAUUUUUUAUAUUUCUUUCGAAGCUGAAGUUUUCUUGAAAUUAGGGUUGUAAAUUUUGAAGAAAGAAAGGUAAAAUUGAGAGAUGGCGGGGUGGGAUAGGAUUCAAUCGUCGUCGAGAUCGGGCUUGAACCGUAACUCGUCUGAGUUGGAUCGCUCAUCUUCGCCUCGGACGGUUCGACUCGGUCGUGUUCAACCUCAGGCACCUUCGCACCGCACCAUCUAUUGUAAUGACCGUGAUACCAAUGCUUUGAUCAAGUUUAAGGGUAAUUCUGUGUCAACCACAAAGUAUAAUGUCCUUACGUUUUUGCCUAAAGGGUUGUUUGAACAGUUCAGACGGGUGGCCAAUUUGUACUUCCUUACGAUCUCCAUUUUAUCUUGGACACCCAUGAGUCCCGUGAGUCCAAUAACAAAUGUGGCUCCUCUAAGUAUGGUGCUUUUCAUUUCUCUUGUGAAAGAAGCAUUUGAGGAUUGGAAGCGAUUCCAGAAUGAUUUGUCUGUAAACAACUCCCUUGUAGAUGUACUACAAGGACAGAGGUGGGAAACUAUUCCUUGGAAAAGGUUGCAGGUUGGCGACAUUGUUCGUAUCAAGCAAGAUGGAUUUUUCCCAGCAGAUAUUCUUUUUCUAGCUAGCACGAAUGCAGAUGGCGUGUGUUAUGUUGAGACGUCAAAUUUGGAUGGUGAAACAAAUUUGAAGAUUCGUAAAGCAUUGGAGAAGACAUGGGAUUACUUGACACCUGAGAAGGCCUCUGAAUUUAAAGGUGAAGUACAAUGUGAACAACCUAAUAAUUCCUUGUAUACUUUCACUGGCAACCUCAUUAUUCAGAAGCAGACUUUACCUCUUUCGCCGAACCAGCUUUUGUUGAGAGGUUGCAGUCUGAGAAAUACCGAGUACAUUGUUGGUGCUGUGACAUAUACUGGACAUGAGACUAAGGUCAUGAUGAAUACAAUGAAUGUUCCAUCAAAGAGAAGUACCUUGGAAAGGAAGCUUGACAAACUGAUUCUUGCUCUGUUUGCUACUUUAUUUAUGAUGUGUCUCAUCGGAUCAAUAGGCAGUGGUGUUUUUAUAGAUCGAAAGUACUUUUACUUGGGACUUGAAGGAGCAUUGGAUGAACGUCAGUUUGAUCCAAACAAUAGAUUUUUGGUGGUCAUCCUGACUAUGUUUACACUGAUCACUCUAUUUUCAACCAUCAUCCCUAUAUCACUUUAUGUUUCAAUUGAGGGGAUUAAAUUUUUACAGUCCAUUCAAUUCAUCAACAAUGAUUUGAAUAUGUAUCAUGCUGAAACAAACACACCUGCAUUGGCUAGGACAUCAAAUUUGAAUGAAGAGCUUGGACAGGUAGAAUACAUAUUUACUGACAAAACUGGAACUCUUACACGAAACUUGAUGGAAUUUUUCAAAUGUUCAAUUGGAGGUCAAGUCUACGGAACUGGUAUAACCGAAAUAGAGAAGGGUUUAGCUGAGCGCAUUGGCACUAAACUCCCAGAGGUGCGGAAGUCCGCUAAUGCCAUUCAAGAAAAGGGGUUCAAUUUUGAUGAUAUUAGACUUAUGCGUGGUGCAUGGAGGAAUGAGCCUAAUCCUGAUAUGUGCGAGGAGUUCUUCAGGUGCCUUGCUAUUUGUCAUACGGUGCUUCCUGAAGGUGAUGAGUCUCCUGAGAAAAUUGUCUACCAAGCGGCUUCUCCAGAUGAGGCAGCUUUAGUUCUUGCGGCUAAGAAUUUUGGCUUCUUCUUCUACAGGCGUACACCAACAACAAUCUAUGUUCGCGAGUCACAUGUUGAAAAGAUGGGUAAAAUUGAGGACGUGCCGUAUGAAAUUUUGAAUGUCCUUGAGUUUAAUAGUACCCGGAAGCGCCAGUCUGUUGUGUGCCGGUAUCCUGAUGGUAGACUUGUUUUGUACUGUAAGGGUGCUGAUACUGUCAUAUAUGAAAGAUUGGGAGGAGGGAACGAGGAUAUGAAGAAAUCUACUAGAGAGCACUUGGAACAGUUUGGAUCUUCUGGGUUACGUACACUUUGUCUAGCCUAUAGGAAUUUGAAUUCAGAUAUCUAUGAGGCCUGGAAUGAAAAAUUUAUUCAGGCGAAAUCCUCUUUGCGAGACCGGGAAAGAAAGCUAGAUGAGGUAGCUGAACUCAUAGAAAAGGAUCUUAUUUUGAUUGGCUGCACUGCUAUUGAAGAUAAGCUUCAAGAAGGAGUACCUGCUUGUAUAGAGACUUUAUCAAGGGCUGGAAUAAAGAUGUGGGUGCUCACCGGGGAUAAAAUGGAAACAGCUAUCAAUAUUGCGUAUGCAUGCAACUUGAUAAACAAUGACAUGAAACAGUUCAUUGUCAGUUCUGAAACAGAUGAAAUCAGAGAAGUUGAAGACAGAGGUGACCCGGUGGAAGCUGCUCGAUUCAUCCAAGAUGUGGUGAAAACACAGCUAAAAAAUUGUGUUGAGGAAGCGCAGCAAAUUCUUCGUACUGUUGUUGGACCAAAACUAUCACUUAUAAUCGACGGAAAGUGCCUGAUGUAUGCACUAGAUCCGAGUUUGCGAGGAACACUUCUGAAUCUGAGCUUAAAUUGCACUUCAGUGGUCUGCUGUCGAGUUUCUCCUCUACAGAAAGCACAGGUAACAAGCUUGGUGAAGAAAGGAGCGAAAAAAAUUACAUUGAGUAUCGGUGAUGGAGCCAAUGAUGUUAGUAUGAUUCAGGCAGCUCAUGUUGGUGUCGGGAUCAGUGGGAUGGAGGGCAUGCAAGCAGUCAUGGCUAGUGAUUUUGCAAUUGCACAGUUUCGCUUUCUUACAGACUUGCUGCUUGUGCAUGGAAGGUGGUCAUAUAUAAGAAUAAGCAAGGUUGUAACAUAUUUCUUUUACAAGAAUCUUACUUUCACGUUGACUCAAUUUUGGUUCACCCUACAAGCUGGAUUUUCUGGUCAAAGAUAUUAUGAUGAUUGGUUUCAAGCAUUUUACAAUGUCCUUUUUACAUCCCUUCCUGUACUUAUGCUUGGACUAUUUGACAAGGAUGUUAGUGCAUCUCUUUCAAAGAAAUACCCUCAACUAUACAUGGAAGGAUUGAAGAAUUCCUUUUUCAAAUGGAGAGUUGUUGCAAUCUGGGCCGUCUUUUCUGUGUACCAGUCGCUCAUCUUCUUUUAUUUUGUGACCACAUCUGGUUCUAAGCCUCAAACUUCAGCUGGCAAGAUGUUUGGUUUGUGGGAUAUUAGUACAAUGGCAUUCACUUGUAUUGUUGUGACCGUCAAUCUACGUCUUCUCUUGUGCUGUAAUAGCAUUACAAGGUGGCAUCAUAUAAGCGUUUGGGGAAGCAUUAUAGCAUGGUUCCUUUUCAUCUUUGGUUACUCUGGUAUCAUGACUAAUGGUGAUCGGCAGGAAAAUAUCUACUACGUCAUAUUUGUCUUAAUGAGUACUCCCUAUUUCUAUCUUGCACUAUUUCUUGUGCCUGUGGUUGCUCUGAUCGGGGACUUCCUAUACCAAGGGGCACAGAGAUGGUUUUUUCCAUAUGAUUUUCAGAUUAUACAAGAGCUCCAUAGGCAUGAACCUGAUGAUAAUCGGAGGCAACAGCUUCUGGAGGUCCAAAAUCAUCUUACUGCAGAAGAGGAAAGGAGCUAUGCUUUGGCUCAACUCCCUGGGCAGAGAUCAAAACAUACCGGUUUUGCCUUCGACUCUCCAGGUUACGAGUCAUUCUUUGCUGCUCAGGCUGGUGUGUUUACUCCUCAAAAGCCAUGGGACGUAGCCCGGAGAGCAACCAUGAUGAAAGCGCGUGCAAAACCACCAAAGACAUAGCUGUUUUUCUUCUAGUCUUUUUGUACAAAAAUUUUUUAGGCGUCUCUAGGUGAUUGUGUAGAAUGUACCGUGCAUUAUGUUUUAGUCAUGUGUUUUCUUCCCUUUUCUCACCAAGUUAUGGAUCACAUUUUUGAUGUAACCUACCUUCAGACUUAGGGAUAGCUGUGGGUUUUGAGAUUGUACAAUUGAUGUAAAAUUACAUGGAUCAAUUCAUAGGUAUACAUUCUAUUCUUUUUAUUUUGUAA